AUGUACAUCACCAAUAGUGAUCUUCCUGCCUUCGAAAGCAGGAACUCGGAUCGGAUUCGAGCUCAUAGUAUCGUUCCUGCCCUCAAGACCUCGAAGAAGGAUCUUGAGUUGGCCGAUGAAGCUGAGUAUCAGCGUAAAGAUGCAUCAGUUUCGGUGGAGACAGUGGUGAAAAGUCCUGAGCUUAUCUUCGCCAAUACCAAGGACGAGACGACGUUCCAAACCCAGGCAGACAACAUCAUUGACGCCAGCAAAACCUACCCUGAUGUCAAGCACGCCUCGACUUCUUCUCCUGUUGCUGCCAUGACGAUCACGAAGGACACCACUGCUACCGUUAUUUCCAGCACCUUGAACUCAAGCCAGGCUUCAAGUGUCUCCAUGUUUCCGUCUUCCGUAGCAACCAAACAAGCGCUACAGGACACACCUGAGUCUACCUUCUUUAGCCAAUCUCAGGAAGUCUUGACCCAGUCCCGGGGCCACACCAUCACUCGAACAAUCGACCCAAAAGACCUUCAGCCGCCCACUUCAUCGAUGGAAAGACGCCAGAAGCGGGCGCUCAAGGCUGCAAAGAAGGACGCCGCUGUGGAAAUCAACCCUCGCCGCUCUGCGAGAUUGGCUGCCAAGCCUAAACCCGCAUGCGCAACUACUGCAACCAAAGAACGACAGGCGCCGAGACCAACUGCGAAAAACGUUCUUUUGCUAUAUCCAGUGCUUGAACGUGGAUCAAAGCGUGGCCGCAAAGAUUCUGAGGAAGAGGAAGAGGAUGAUUAUGAGAAGGGAGGAUAUGAAAGUGGCCGUAAGAAGAAGAUUGUGUCUAAGGCAACGGUUGAAAGGCAGCGUGAGACGAGAGGCAACACGACGAAGCGCGGUGGUAAUGGGCUCCACCGGAGGACUGCGCUGGAACGUUAUGACCUCUAG